GAGCUGUCGUGAGGCCGUUUGAGCGAGAAUCUAAGUAUAUAAAUAUAUAUACUUACGUUGCAUUAAGAUUCAUAUACUUCGCUUCUCUCACAACAGUUCAUUUAACCCCCAAAUCGAAAUCGUGAAAAUGAAUACGCCUCGCCAUACCGCACCCGCUUCAUUCCUAUCUUACCCCAAGUUUGCUUUCUUCUACGUACUGCUGGUGUUAGGAGCUGAGGCAAAUCCAGCUCGUCGUCAGGAAGGGGAAUCAGAGCCUAUUGUGGGCCAAACUCCAUUCCUUGUCACAGAUUACAACGAGACUACUGACUACUUCCCGAACAAGGUCUACGCCAACCACUCGGAGUUCUGGGAUGUUGAGUACCAUAACAGUUACAAGAUUGCUACUGACUAUAUAGGCAACUUCACAUAUGUUUUGUACCAGCGCGGAACUCCGAUCCCGGAGGAGGCGAGUUUAAAUCUCGCCCCCUCCACGUUCGUCUCUUUCAUGCCAAUCCCUGUGGCUACUAUGACUAUAGACGAAACAAUCCCCAUGCACAUGAUUGAAGUGUUGGGUCAAAUCAAUAACAUCAAAUACUCCGAUAACGCAACAUUUGGGUAUGCCACAAGCCCUUGCUUGCAAAAGCUGGGUGAGAACGUGAAUCUGACUCUCUCAUCUGAUCCCGAGCUGAGAGAAAUCCAGACCCAGUCCACCGAUAUCCAUAUCGCUUCCAUAUACACGUCGCCCAAUGUCUCUGAGAACACGUACUACGCAAGUUCUAUCAGUUCGGACCCAGGAGCUUUGCAUCGUGCCGAAUGGAUCGAAUUCUUGUCACUGCCUUUUAACUUAGAGGCUGUGGCAUCGGAAAGUUUCAACAUGGUUGAAACCAACUACAACAACUACAAGGAGGAGAUGCUGCAGGUGGCUGAGACCAAACCCGUCAUUGCCUGGAUCAGCACAUACACUUACUAUGGCCCCAGAGAAUACAUUAUCUUUGAUUCCGAUUACAAGCUGGAGUAUAUCUUUGCUGCACAAGCCUCCGCUGUUGCAGCGGGCCAGUUUAACGAGACGACCGAGGGUGAUUUCCAUGAUCUUCUCAAGCUGGCGGAUAUUGUCAUCGAUGAGGCCUACAUAGCCGGCGGCGAACAGAAGGAUAUUCAGUGGUUCAUGGAUUCAUAUGGUAUCGCUGAAGAGAAUGCUAUGGAUUACAAGUUCUUGUCUACUUCACCCGCCAGUGUCUUCGAUGUUAUGGGUCGUCAAAGUGACUCCUUCGGUCUAGAUUGGUAUGAAGGUGCCGUUUACCGUGCCGAUGAGGUGCUUCUAGAUGUGAUCAGUGCCGCCCAUCCGCAAUCUCGCCUUGGUGCCAACCACAACCGUACUUGGCUCAAGCGCACGGAGGAUGAGACACCUGUCAUCGUCUCAGCCGCAGACUGCCAGGUUUUGAUUGAUUCGAGAAAUUUCGAUUGAGACGAGGCUGUGGGCCAUUGAGGCAUGUGUGUUUUCUGGUUUCUUAGUUUCGCAAUUAUAUUUAAAAUUGCAAAGUUUGGUAUUCAAUUUUAAAUAUAAAUUGAAUGCAAAUGCUAUGGAUCUCUACUGAACACAAGUUUUUAUGCCUCAUUGUAUGUUGCAAGCAAGUCUAAAUGAUUAUACCUACGUGGGUAUGUGUGAAGACUCUGUUUUAUUCUUUUGUAGAAUUUCAAUAAAACAUGUGCAUACUCCAAAUAAGCCACGAAUACUGAUCAAUCUGG